AUGAAAAAUAUGAAGCGAUGCAAAUUAGCGACGAUGAGUUUUAUCACCAUCGUAGUAUCGUUAUUAUCAUCAUCGUUAUCAUCGGCACUGAACGUGCCAGUAAAAUCGAUAUUCAUAACAAGAGCGGUUACAACAACACGAACUCGCAACGCGACAACGACAACAUUCUUAGACGGUGACAACGACUGUCUCGCGACUACAGCAACAACCUACUCAACGACAACUGCAACAAAUUUAACUCUAUGGAAUCAAACCAGCAGUUACUCUGAUAUAUCGAACUUAUGGACAGAUUCGCCAACCGAUUCAGUCUCUUACAGCACCGUUGUAUCUGUUGUAUUAACUGAAACGUCGAAGAUAAGUGUGACAAUUAAGUCAUCUAUAAUGAACAGUUUCGGAUCUCAGCUAUCGAAUAAACAAUACUCGUAUGUUUUUGACUCCACUACUUCUGGUAACAUCCCUACAACCGCCGGUACCACAAAUGAAACAAGUUUCGAUCAAGUUUGUAAUAAUGGGCCUCAGGCUCCUAACAAUAUACUGGCUAUGUUGAUUCAAGAGCUGGAAACAACACUAAUGAUGUCUACUAACAACAGCACAAAUCACAUCAACACAAACUACAACAAUACAAACGAUCACACAAACUACAACUUCAGACUCCACAUUAUCAACAACAACAACAAUAACAACAACAACAACAAGCCUAAUAACAACACAAACAUCAACAUUGACAACCACACAAACAACAACCUCAAAAUCUACAUUAUUAUCAACAACAACGCUAACAACAAUAACAUCAACACAAACAACAUCACAAACAACAUCAGACACAACUACAUUAACGAUAGCAAUAGCAUUAAUAACAUCACAAAUGAUAACAGCAUCAACUAUAGCAGCAGCAACAACAACACAAACAACAACACAAACGACAUCACAAUCACAAACAACAAUACAAACAACAACAAUACAAACAACAUCAGCACAAACAACCACACAAUAUACGUCACAUACAACAUCAAUGACAACUACAUUAAUUAUAGCAACAACGUUAAAAACACCACAAAUCACAGAAGAAUCAACUAUAGCAACAACGCAAACAACAACAACACAGACAACAACACAGACAACAACACAGACAACAACACAGACAACAACACAAACAUCAUCAAUCUCAACAUCAACAAAACAAACAACAACACAAACAACAACAGAAACAACAUCAAUCUACACAUCAACAACCCAAACAACUACACUGACAAAAACACAGACAACAACACAAACAACAUCAAUCUCAACAUCAACAACACAAACAACUACACAGUCAACAACACAGACAACAACACAGACAACAUCAAUCUCAACAUCAACAACACAAACAACUACACAGUCAACAACACAGACAACAACACAGACAACAUCAAUCUCAACAUCAACAACACAAACAACUACACAGACAACAACACAGACAACAUCAAUCUCAACAACAAUCUCAACAUCAACAGCACAGACAAAUACACAGACAACAAUACAAACAACUACACAGUCAACAACACAGACAACAACACAAACAACAUCAAUCUCAACAUCAACAACACAAACAACUACACAGACGACAACAACACAAUUAACUACACAUACUACACAAUCAACAACUCAAAAACGCCAGUUUACGUAGGCAUAUCUUUGGUUACCAAAACUUCCGUCAGCAGCCUCGAUGACAUCAUCAACAACAUCAACAACAACAACCACAUCAAUGACAUCAUCAAUAGCAUUAGUAACAGCAAUAACAACAACAACACUAACAACAGCAUCACCAACGCCGUAUCUGACAUCAAUAACAACAACGAAGACAUUCUCAUCAGCAUCAACAACAACAUCAACAAUGACGUCAACAACAACGUCACCAAAGAUGUUUUAAACUCCAUUAAACAACAACACCCUUCACUCGCUGUCAACUGCGUCAGCGAUUACGGAAAUGGAUUCAAGAUGACGUCAUCGUCGGCUGGCGAUCUCUGCGAGGUCCCUCUUAUUCCGCUGGAAGUAUACGACUGCAGGUUGACGACAUCGGCGCGGGAAUACAACGGGACCGAAUCCGUCACGGAAUCCGGAAACACAUGUCUACCAUGGAGGACCAUUGACAGCCAGCAAUUAACCCCGCUGGAAAAUUUUGACACAGCAAUGAUGAGUAGGAGUGAAAAUUUCUGUCGCAACCCCGACGCCAAUUUUGUCGGUGGUCCCUGGUGUUUCGUCAACGAGGGCAGCGGUUCCGGCGUCAAAAGGGACUUUUGCAACCUGCCUAUGUGUGACAGAUUGAACGAAAACGUAGCAUUGUAUUCUCCGAGAACUCUACCCACUCAGCCGCAACAAUCGCCCCAAACAAUUAUCUCAUCGCUGGUGGAUGGUCUGUUGAGUCAGGAAUUGAACCUAUGUUUCAAAAGCGAACUCCAAGCGACACCAUGGAUUGCCGUGCAGUUGAACCAGCGUUCCAAGAUAUACGCCAUUUUUAUUACAACCUGUGACAUGCCCUUAGGUCAAUUCGUAAUCGGAGUAAACGAAGACCCACCAACCAUACCCCCCACCGUCAUAAGCAUCACCACAAUCCAUUUUUACCAAAACACCAUUCCACCACACAACACCACAAACAUCUAUCUGGAUAAACUCUACUACGGUAGUUACGUCAUUCUUGAGAAGUUUUUUACCUAUGGGUUCUUGGCUCUAAUGGAACUCCAGAUAUUUGGAACUCCAUCGAGCGAACCACAGACACCUGACUUCAUCCCAGCACCUGCUAACAACUACACCAUUAACGAGUUUGGUAACAUCGGCGAAAUCAAAUCCAACAUAUCACUCGACGACUGCAAAGCUUACUGCUACGACAAAUACGCCGACAGCUGCAUGGCGAUCGACUACGCCACAGAAAUCUCCGAGUGCUACUUGCACGUCGGUGAUUUGUCGUGCCCUGUUUACCACGCCCUUGACAGCUCCAUCCAAUCCUUCCACUACACAGACAGAUACGAAGUUUUCAUCCAGUGCACCUACGGCCAUCACUUCGACAACCAGCCAACCACCACUCUCAAAUGCCUGGCGGGCCUUGGAAGAUGGUGGCCGAAUGUUACGUUCUGCUUGCGUAGCACUAACGAGACACUGUUCGACACGGUUGUUGAUGUUCAGUGCAAUGAUGGAUUCAUCUUCGUUGACCAAACUGGACUGCAGGCGACCACCACUUGUCUCACUACUGGCUUCUGGAGUCUCGAUCUUCUACCUUGCAAAAGAAUAACAUGUCCAGAGAUUGACUACUUCUCAAACCCCUUUCUGACCAUCAGUACGACAAACAGGGACUUCCACACGGUGGUCAUCGCUGAGUGUCAGAGGGGGUAUCAGUUCUGGGGCAGCAACAGAAUAUUGAGGAAGGCAAUUUUGUGUGGAGGUCUUGGGGAGUGGAAUGACACAGACAUCGAUUGUGAAGAGUUUUAUUGCGAAAUCGAUCCAGCUGCCUACAACAUUGACAUAUCGUCAGCGGCUCCUCCGUGGCAUUCCAAAACAUCCUCCUCACCUGCAAUCUUCAACUAUCCGGUUGACUCGGUCGUCAGUUUUCCGUGCAGCGACGGAUCAAAAGUGGAUACGACGACAGCGCCCCAAACAACAACACAAACUACUCCUCCUACUGCAACACAAAUUUUAGCGUGUGACGAAAUAGGACAAUGGCAGCCCAGCAUUUUGAGUUGCCAAGAAUUUACUUGUCCAUCGCUACCUUACCUCGCAAGAGCCGUUUUAAAUGUGACGAUGCCAAAUGGUACCCAGCAAGUUAUCGACAAUUUGAAUACUACUACCUCAGCUCCAUGGUACCCGUACAAUACUACCGCACUGGAAAGCUGUUUGAGAGGUACUGAAGUGGACAUCUCCUUCAAAAGCACGGAGCUAAGUACUUGUUCAUUUCCUGGUGUCUGGCAGCCAGCUUUGAAAGAUUGCAUCGAUAUCGUAUGUGAUAACCUACCCACACCCGGACAUGCCACCAUGACGACCCCAACAGUACAGCUGUCCCAACCAUCCUACCCAUUUGAAACCACCGUUGAAUACACUUGCGAGGAGGGCUUCAUUUUGAAGGGGCCCUCCGACGAAUACCUCGGUCUCAAGCAGACUACUGUGUGCCAGGGUACUAACCUUUGGGUACCUAGUCCAAAUGCGUGUUUAGACGUGUACUGCCCUUCAAUAUUGACAGCCAAUCAGAACGUCAGCCUGUCCACCACCGACACCAUCCAUGGUACAGUAGUGACCGUCGACUGUUUCACUGGACACGAGUUUCCCGAUGGUGGUUCCACGCAGACGGUGGUCACGUGCUUGAAUUCAGGGGGCUGGUCCAGUGUGGUGGGUGGCUGCCCGCCAAUUCAUUGUCCCGACCUGAACCCUGACCUCAACAACAUGACGUCAUCAAAUGACGACACGGCGUACACCAGCGUCGUCACACUCGUCUGCCACGCGGGAUUCAAAUUUUUCGACAAAUCAACGAUCAGGAAGGUGGUUGCGUGUCUGGCCGAUAAAAAUUGGAACGACACAGGUCUGAAAUGCGAAAGGAUCAAGUGUUCCGACCUGCCCCCCGUGACCUCCAUAAGGUCAGUGAAGUCUCAGGACGGCACAGAGUACUCGUACGACAGCAACAACUACAACCAGCUGUCUGACGCCAGGACGCUCGUGUUCGACUACGACACCGGGUUGACAUUUUUUUGUGAAAAUGGGACAAAGGUUGCUGGUAUGACUAUGAACGGACAGCCUGUUUACGACCAGUUCACUGUCUGCUCGGGUCUUGGGUCUUGGAUACCGUCUCCAGAGAAUUGCAUUGUCAUAACAUGUCCGAGCUUAGACGGUGCCGCCAACAACUACAUAACAAGCACCGACGCCACGGUGUUUGGCACUGUCGUCGACGUCCAGUGUUUCGAUGGAUUUUAUUUCCUCGACCACACCGCCAGAGAAGCCACCACCAGGUGCGAGAACACAGAAAGAUGGAGUCUGGAAGUUAGCGCCUGCGAAGUUUAUACGUUUCUAAGUCCAUGUAAAAUACUCCUACUGACCAUUGAACUUUCACAAUUUCUUUGGAUUGUAGCUAUCAAAUGUCCAGAGAUUGAUUACUCCUCAAACCCCUUUCUGACCAUCAGUACGACAAAUAGGGACUACCACACGGUGGUCAUCGCUGAGUGUCAGAGGGGGUAUCAGUUUUAUGGCAGCAACAGAAUAUUGAGGAAGGCAAUUUUGUGUGGAGGUCUUGGAGAGUGGAAUGACACUGACAUUGAUUGUGAAGAAUUCUUCUGCGAAAUCAACCCCAUCCUCUACAACAUCGAUUUGUCGUCACCGUCAGCUCUGCCCCCUUGGCACUCCAACUCAUCAACCUUCCCUACGAUCUUUUACUACCUCGUCGGAUCUGUCGUCAACUUCCCGUGCGUCGAUGGCGCGAAAGUGAUCGAAAAUGUUGAAGAAUCAACUUCAGCACCUUUGAUGAAUCUACUCAUGCCUGCUGCUCAAACUGACCCCGUCUUGACCUUUCAAACUUUAACCUGCAAUCCGAUUGGCCAAUGGGAACCCAGCAUUUUGAAAUGUGAAGAGGUGGCUUGCCCGCCCCUUCCGCACCUUACGAGGGCCACCCUAGUUGUCACGAGACCUGACGGCACACAGUAUGUCAUUGAUAAUCUCAUCAAUACUCUUUCAGUUGCGUGGAACGCGUAUAAAACUAUCGCAUCGGCUACCUGUCUAGAGGGGACUCAACUUAGUGCCAACUUUGGAACGAGCCAACACACUACUUGCACCUUCCCUGGAAUUUGGAAGCCCGAAUUGAAAGAUUGUUCUGAUAUCGUCUGCAACGGCCUGCCGUCUGCCAACCACAUCUACGUCACAGAUGGAACGAUUCGAGAGAAGGAGCGGUCGGCUCCACAAACAUACGCCUUCGAAACUGUCAUUGAAUACACUUGUGAAGAUGGAUACGACUUGCGGGAACCCUCUUCCAAAACUUUCAUGGGUCUCAAGCAGAAUAUUUCCUGCCUAGGUACCGGUUUCUGGACGCCUGAUCUCACUCCAUGCGUAGACGUGUUUUGUCUCCCAAUACCGACAACUGACCGAAACAUCAGCCUAUCUACAUCUGAAACCAUACACGGAACGACAGUAGAUGUCGCUUGUUUCACUGGGCAUGAAUUUUCCAAUGGAACUCUGCAGAUGAAAAUCACGUGCAUGAACUCUGGGUUUUGGUCAGACAUUGUCCAGAGCUGUUCGCCAAUUCACUGCCCCAACUUGAACCCUGACCUCAACAGCAUGACGUCAUCAUCGAGUGACACGGCGUACGCUAGCGUCGUUGCGCUCGUCUGCAACGAGGGGUUCAAAUUUUUCGACAUCCAAUCCACUCGGAAAGUGAUUCGGUGCCUGGCAAACAGGAGCUGGGAUAACCCCGAGUUGACCUGCGGAAGAAUCAAAUGUUCCAGCCUACCAGCCCUGAGAUACAUACAGUCGGCCAUGACAGACGACGGCACAGAGUACUCGUACAACAACAACAACUACAAGCAGCUACCCGACGCCUUCGCCCAACAGUUUGACUACAACACCUGGCUGACGGUCUUCUGUGAAUAUGGGACGAAAGUCAACACUACAACCACAAAUAACGGGUUUCCUCUUUAUCAACAGUCAACGUUUUGCACGGGCCUUGGAUCUUGGCUGCCUCCUCUCAUCACUUGCAUUGAUGUCCAAUGCCCAAAAGUUAGUUUCUCGGACACGUACAGCCUUUCAACGGACCAAACAGUCCGGCGUACGAACCUUACAAUAGCCUGCUCGCUUGGCUACGUGUUUGCCAGUGGAGUGAAAAGAAAAAACUAUCAAUGUCUGGACAGCGCUGCCUGGAGCAUGCCUAUCGAGGAGUGCAUCACGGUCACGUGUCCCAGCCUGGACGCCGCCAGCAAUAACUUCACGGCGAGCACAACAGACGUAAGGUACGCCACGGUAGUCCUCAUGACCUGCUACCCCCUAAACGCCCUACCAGAUGGCGAGGUCACGAGAGGGGCUCAGUGUCAAGAUGAUGGGACCUGGAAUGUUACUAUCGACCGCUGCAAGUGGGUGUGGUGUCCGGCCCCGAACGCCCCCUCAACUUUGAUCCUCUUGAAUGCCAGCCAGGCUAACUACCAGAUGUAUACAAGGUUGACGUAUCGGUGUCCAAUAGGAAAGAAACUGAUGAGCAACAGUCUGGAACAAAGCCAGGAAUGUACUGGCCUGACUACGUGGAAACCUUCGACAUUUUUCGACUGCAUAGACAAGCAGUGCCCAGAGUUGAGUACGAUAUCGAACGCCAGCCCGGACACACUGUCCAGAAAAUACGGCACGAUGGUUCAGAUCACCUGUCCUGACUUCAUGCUCUUCCAGAAUAAAAAAUACGUGCGAAACAUCAUCUGCGAAGAUAAUGAGAAGUGGAAUGAAACUGAUAUCAAAUGCACGGGUACGAGGGUGAGGGUAGGAUGUCAACCCAAGCGUACCUUUACCGACGGGGGCAUACAGAGAUAUAUUUUGUGUGACAGAUAUGGCAAAUGGACAAACCUUGACCUUUUCUGCAUAGAAUACGGACGCUGCAAUUUACCCAAACAACUGAAUAACACCAUAAUCGACCAAUAUACUGAUCGCCAACACAUGGUUGAUGUUCUCGUGUUAAACUGCUCUCCGGGGUUUCGAUUCCGAUUCGUCAGCUCCAUCCGGACAUUCUUCUGUGUCAAUAAAACCUACAACUUCGACCCAUUUCCUCAUUGUUAUCCCAGCGACUGCUUCAUCAGUGUGACGUCGAACGAGCCUGUGACCGCCAUUAGCAGCCGGGACAGCAACCGCAACAAAUGCACCUUGGACGAUCUCUGCAGGCUAAAUAUUAACUCCUUCAUUUGUCAGCAUGUUAUUUGCCCUGGAAUACCGACGGUAGCUAACGCAAAAGUCGAACUCGACACAACCCUUCUUUCAAUUAAGAUCGAAUGCAACAGAGGCUUCCAAUUCCCUGACAGUUCUGACCUGCCCACCAAUCGAGCUAAAGAAGCUGACGGUCAGUACGGCCGACACCACUUACGGCACGGCGGUGGUGGUCACCUGUUUGAAAGGAGGGUGUUGAGAUUUGAAACUGGCUACACGACAUCUGAGAUAACGUGCAGCCCAAACAACGCUUGGAAGCCAUCACCGAAGGAAAUCACGUGCUCAGACGACAGAUGUACUCCAGUUCUCAAUGUGACCAAUGCCGUUCCUUCGUCAUAUCUAGCAACAAAAGAUACCAAAGUUCAUUAUCAAUGCAUAACUGGAUACAAGUUGGCGAAUCCGUCCUUCGACUUCUACAAGUGCGAUGGCUCCAAUUGGCUGACCGAAAACCCCGUGAAGUGUGAAAUUGUGGACUGCGGUCGUAUGGCCACGAUAAAUGCCCUGCCCUCCUUGUCCAACAGUACCUUCAACUCCUCCGUCGUCGUCAACUGCAACUUUGGCUAUCGAUACGCCGACGAUGAUAAAAACAACAAGAAGGAGGUUACCAACGUCUGCAAUAGUGAUGGCAACUGGCAAAUACCGACUGUCACUUGCAAUCCGGUCAAAUGUGACAAACCCGCAAUCUCCAAGGAAAACGUAAAAAUUGAUGCAACCCCAAAUGAAUUGACCUUCUCAAUUGAGGUCAAACUCCUUUGCUCGGAAGGAUACUGGUUCUCGUUUGGCCAAACUGAAAAAAAAAUCAUUUGUUCGGAUUCUACAAAAUGGGAGCCUGAUCCGAAUAAGUUGACCUGCACGCCUGUCGUCUGCCCAGUGGUCAGCGUUUACUACCAGAACACGACCAAUGUGACCUACCUGACGUACAUGUCUUACAAGUGCUUUGGGAAGGAAAAUGAAACGGCUUCGAGUACCGUAUGCAGUGUCAAGGGCCUCUGGGAGCCUGACGUAAAAUGCGAUAACUUGGCGCGAAAAGAGCAGACGGCCGCGAACGAAGCUCGCAGCUCAAACAUCAUCGCCAUUGUCAGCUUCUCCAUCAUAGGCCUCGUUCUAUUCUUCCUCUUCGUCCUUGACAUACCGACCUAUGCAAAGUCUCUCAUCUUCUGCUGGCACAAAAUACAAAGAAAGCGCGCCAAAAAAUGUAGCAAUGGCGGUAAAAAUGACGCCAAGCCUGCCGGUGACGACCCGAAUAAAAGAUACUAA